CUCUCACUAAAUGUGUGCCUAAUUUCGAUUUGUUGAUUUAUUUUGCCGUGUGCAAUUGUAUUUGCCAGCCGAUGUUUGGGCGUGCAAAUGAGCCCUCGCACGGCCAUCCAGACAGCCGCAGUGGACUCGUAUGCUGUCAUACUGGUUCCGGGGCGCCGCUUCUGUCAGGCUCGGUACGUUUUCUGUCGCUGAGACAAAUGGUGGGGGAUGAUCGGUCUGCCAUCACCAGCUCCUACUGCUCUCGGAAGGAGUUGAAUUGUUCGACACUAUCAACAUUAUCCAGGAGCAAACCGUAACAAUGCAAGGCCUGUAAACUACCAAACAUGGCCCAAAGGAAGAGGCCAGGGACCCACGGUGUGGCUCCGCCAGUUACCACCUCCUGUCCUACAGCUCAUCACACAGAAUCUUGUGAAUUGAAAGCCAUCCAUCCUCGCCAGCGGCGGACCCACUAUCCUAAGGAAUCACAUGUGCCAAAGCCACUCCCCCCUACCUGUAAAGCAUAUUAUUCAUCUCUCAAGCAUGAGGACGAGGUUCCCAAUUGUCCAGAAGUGGAUGUGGAUGCAGAUGUUGAAACGAAGCGAUAUACCAAUCAACCAGAUGUAGAAUUAGAGGACCAGAGACCCGAAACAACCUCAAUGCCUGAACAUGAGCAUGAGCAAGACAGCCACAACCAGGCAGACUUUCAUGAUGGAGCUGACAGCCUGGAUGAUGACUCUUGUUCUGACUACAUUAACAACACUUCAGAGGAUGAGGAGGACUAUGAUGACGGAUUGGCAGAGGAGGAUGAAGGUGUAACUUACUACAUCCGAUACUGUCCCGAGGAUGAGAGCUACAUGGAAGGUAUGGACUGCAGCAGCCAGGGAGACUGCAAACACGGUCACGAGCGGGCUUGUGUUACGCAGCCAGGUGAAGGCCACACCGAGUGCCAGGAGGAAGUUGAAGGUUGGGCUGAUGAGGGUGAGGCAGGGGAAGCGGUGAGAGAGGAGGAGUGGAUGGGUGAUGAAGAAGAAGAAGAAGAAGAAAAUGCAGCCAAAGAAGAGUGGAGAGAAGAGGAGGAAGGCAUGAGCGAGACAUGGAGGGAAGGCGAUGAAGAAGGUGGCGAGGAGUGGAGAGAGGAAAGUCCGGGCAGGCAAGAGCAGUGGGCCGGUAGUGAGAGGCACCGAGUGGAGGAGUGGGCUGAGGGUGAAGGGGAGGUACGCUGUGAGGUGGUGGAGCAAGAUCCAGAUGAACAGAUAUACAAUGGACGACCAGAACCGAUCUUGGACCACAACCAUCACAAUCACCACCAACAACAACCUGCCUUGCAGGAUGGCCUCCACACUUGUCGACCUGAUGAGGAGGACGAGGACGAGGACGAUGCAGAAAGCGAGGAGGACGUUCCAAAUGAGGAACGAGAGGAGGAAGGAGAUGAACACGAGAGACAUGAAAGGGUCUAUACUGGAGAUUACUAUGCCCAAGAGGACAAUGGCAACUCUGUGCAUGUCUCUCCCUUCCGAGGCCGGAAGGUGUUAGUAGUAGAGGGGGAGACGGGUGAGGAAGCGGAGGAGGACAUUGACCAAAUAGUUGCUGAGAUCAAGAUGAGUAUGAGCAUGGGAAGCCUCAGUAGUGGCACUGAUCAAAGUCCAGAAGAACUGCUACAGGAUCCGCCCACAGGGGACUACCUUCACGCCAAGCCCAACACGGCCACAUAUGCGCUCGGUCACCAUCGCCAUGACAGCAGACCCAAAUCCCUCAACUUGCCUUCUGUGCAUCAUAACAACCCAGACCUCCAGAGGGGCCUCAAGAUCCAACCACAUUCCCCAGAAGAUCGGCAGAGAUGGCAACAGGAGCAGGUGAACAAUGGUGCAGAGCAGCCGAGAAAACAGCAGCGCUCUGACCUGAACGUUCCCUUGGAGAACAACAACGCACCUGACACUACCAAAAAAGUUGCGUCGUUCCCCAGCUUUGUUGAUGUUCCUGGACCCUGCGAGCCAGAAGAUCUGAUUGAUGGAAUCAUUUUUGCUGCUAACUACCUGGGCUCCACUCAGCUGCUGUCUGAGAGGAACCCUUCCAAGAAUAUCCGCAUGAUGCAAGCCCAGGAGGCAGUCAGCAGGGUUAAGAGGGUACAGAAGGCUGCCAAAAUCAAGAAAAAAGCGAACCAAGAUGGAGACGUUCAAACCCUCACAGAAGUUGAUCUAUUCAUCUCCACUCAGAGGAUCAAGGUCCUUAAUGCAGACUCACAGGAAACGAUGAUGGACAAUGCAUUGCGCACCAUAUCUUACAUUGCUGAUAUUGGAAACAUCGUGGUACUCAUGGCAAGACGUCGAAUGUCACGUACAGCGUCUCAAGACUGCAUUGAAACCACACCGGGGGCGCCUGAGGCAAAGAAACAGUACAAGAUGAUCUGCCAUGUCUUUGAGUCUGAAGACGCGCAGCUCAUCGCCCAGUCCAUCGGCCAGGCUUUCAGUGUAGCUUAUCAGGAGUUCCUGAGAGCCAACGGAAUUAACCCAGAGGACCUGAGUCAAAAGGAGUACAGUGACAUCAUCAACACACAGGAGAUGUACAACGAUGAUCUCAUCCACUUUUCCAACUCAGAAAACUGCAAAGAGCUGCAGCUGGAGAAGAGCAAAGGCGAGAUCCUCGGCGUGGUGAUUGUGGAGUCCGGCUGGGGCUCCAUCCUGCCCACUGUCAUCUUGGCCAACAUGAUGAACGGCGGUCCUGCGGCACGCUCGGGCAAGCUCAGCAUCGGAGACCAGAUCAUGUCCAUCAACAACACCAGCCUCGUGGGGCUGCCGCUCGCUACCUGUCAGGGAAUCAUCAAGGGCUUAAAGAAUCAGGUGCAGGUGAAAAUGAACAUAGUCAGCUGCCCUCCUGUUACGACAGUCCUCAUCAAGAGACCUGACCUCAAGUACCAGCUGGGAUUCAGUGUGCAGAAUGGCAUCAUUUGCAGUCUAAUGCGGGGAGGCAUCGCGGAGCGAGGGGGGGUCCGGGUGGGCCACAGGAUCAUCGAGAUCAACGGGCAGAGCGUUGUGGCCACAGCACAUGAGAAGAUUGUCCAGGCCCUCUCAAACUCUGUCGGCGAGAUUCACAUGAAGACGAUGCCUGCAGCCAUGUUCCGACUCCUCACUGGCCAAGAGACACCAAUGUACUUAUAAAAUGAGGAACGGACUGUCAGUUGCUUUGUUGAUCCACUCUACAAAUUCACAAGCCGAUUCUUUUCCCCAUAUCCUGUCUUCAAUGUUUGUAUGACAUUUGCAACAGCCAUUUUGUUUCUUCGCUUCCCAUUUGAAGAGCUGAACAAACGGUGUGAAUGUUUUUUGUUGUUGUUGUUGGUUUGUUUAUUUAUUAGUCUUGUCUGUACUGUUGUAUCCCUGCAAUGAGAUAGAAAGUCUUACAGGUGCCGAGUGAAGGCUUCCCAUUGGGUUUUAUAUUCACGCACAGUGCAAUAUAUUUGACGACACACUGCAUUUUUUGCAAAUUAUUUUGCAAAUUGUGUUUUUCUGUGUUUUAUUUAGGAGUAUCUUAUGCAAACGGCACUCUGCAUUAUUUUCAAAUUGUUCGGAUUACAGUCUAAUUUGGAUGUUUUUAAACACACUUUCCAAUGAUAACAGUAUUUUUUCCUCCAAAAUAAAAACACCACUUUUGUUAAAAUGCACUUUUCAUGGCCUGAACACUGUUCUGCAUAAUAAUUUGGAACUGUGCAUUUGAUAAAACCCUCAAUUUUUAUGUUGACAAAAAGUUUUGGGCAGUUUGACUUGGAAAUUAUUCUCAGUGCCAUUUGCACAGAUUAUCUGAAAAAAAAUCGGAGAAAAACAUCAUUUGCAUCAUCAUUUGUAAGACGUGUAUAUCUUGUAUAGAUUCAGCUGUUUACGUAUUAUUGCCCAUAUGAAUAGUCUUGUUAUAAAUGUGACAGCAGGUGAUGUAAGGAGCUUUCACGGACAUGUAUGGUAAGAACAGGAUAUGGUAAUGAUUGCCAGUUCAAGCAGAGAUGUUUGUGGUAAAAAUAUGCUCCAUGAAUCUAAUCGAUACAUGUGAAUGAGAGUGGUUUGUGCAUUCCGGAUUGAGGGAGCAAUGCCAUAUUACUGUACUUUGGUUGUGCAUGUAGUGUGAUGGCACUACACACUAAGGCUGAAGACUUUUCUAUAUCUCAUGUACAAACACGCACAUUCAAAGAACAAUAACAAAACUAGCAAGAGGCAUCAAUUAGGCUUUUGAUAUCAGUUGUAUGGAGAAAAAAAAAACGGUUUCUUCUGUCUGGUUCCUCUUGUGUAUGUUGAUCUUUUGGUGUUCCUGACAGAAACUCAUGUAAACAAUGACCGGACUGUGAAUGUAACGUGUUGUGUGAGCUGCCCCAUUGCCAUACCAAGUAUUAGAAUGUCUGUACAUAAAAAGUCAAGUCACAUUUAUUUGUGUGAGCUUGAAAAAGAAAUGUGCAUUGUACAGUAUUGUGCUCAUCAUCGAAAGAGAAAACAGUGAAACUCACCGUUUUAGCCACUGCAAACGUCGCCCACCCCACAUGAUUGUUGGCUUUGGAUCCUGGGAGGGAAAGAGCAAACUGAAUGACACUGUGACAGUAAAAGCUUCACCACAGAAUGACGCUUUCAACAAUGCACGCUAUUUCAUUUAACCACAUGAACAUUAUCGGUGUGCAUGCCCCGUAACGUUGUAUCAUGUCAUUGUGGCAAGAUAAUAAAAUCAGAACUAAACCUGGCUGGUUGUGUGCGACAGGGGCACAUAUUAAAUUGUGGUGCUGCAUA